AUGUCAAAUUCUCCCUCCCUUCCAGAUCCUGGAUCAAAUCCAGUUGAGGAAACGGCCCUGGCAGGUGGUAGACUGGUUUUACCGGCUACGGGCCCUUCCGGCACGAGUCCGUCACGGCCUAUGCCUGAACUAGAGAGUGUAACUCCAAAACUGCCAGCUUGGAAUGACACCGCUGAGGCGAUACAUUGGUUUGUCCACGUGAGAGCAGCUCUGAAAAGCGUUGUUUAUCGAUAUUGCGACGCGUUGAGAAGGUCUAUUGCUAUCUUUACUCAACACAAUGCGACCCAAUAUAGCGACUACCAACCCUUGACUGAACAGCUGAACAGUGUUCGGAUUAUGUGGAAAAUGUUUGCGAGUCAAAACGAUGUUACGCCAGGGUUUUUAGAGAGCUGUGUGGUUUCUUUUGAUUUCAACGGUGCAGUGAAGCAUAUGAAAACACCUAGAACGGGGUCAAAGGAAAGUGCUUCCGAAAUGAGACAGCUCCGAGACCUGACCAGAGGCAUUAUUGAGGAAGCCUGUGUGCUUCAAGGGCUCAUUGAGGAGGCAAACCUGCGGUUAGCAGAAGAACAACUGAAUGAGGAAAAUGUUCUACCUCAGUUACCAGCAUUUUCAGACCUCCCCGUACUUACUACCAUACCUACAAGAUCGACGUCGACUACAAUGAUGGGAAAUACUGCUAUGGAACGAAUUUUCUCUUCUGUUAGCCAUAGCUCGUCCGCAAGUCUCUCUGAUGAGCCUGCAGCAUUACCUCCAAUUGCCAGUGAAUCGCUUGGGGAUACAAAACAUGAAGCAGACAGCGAAGGGAAUAAGGAGGAUGAUGAUGAAGAGGAGAAGGAAGCGGAGAAGGAAGCGGAGGAAUCAGAUGAAUCAGAUGAAUCAGAGGAAGAGGACAACCGCUACUAUCCCUUCAAAGUGCGACUUCCCGAUGAGUUAGAUUUGACGCAAUUCGAUGCUGUUUGGACGAAUGAAGAUGGGUAUCCUGGCGAUGUCCCGGAGGAACUUAAAGAUUAUUUAGAAUAUACUCGCGGUGCACAGAUGAUUGGCUCUAUUCGAAGCAUCUUUUGGCUUGAUGGCGUCCAAGAGAUGGUGGAUGCUAUAGAUGACCCAGCGUUCGUAAUAGAAGAUGAAAUAGCCGAGUGUCCGCUUGGAUGUCUGCCUUCAGCAUUUCUGCUAGGACGCUACGCCGAGGAGGGAAAGGUUCCACAAAAUGUUUUUGACAAGUAUAUGGUGGGCAUCGAGCGUCCACCUGAAGACAGGGUUCAAGUCUGGGUUACCAGAGAUUUUGAAAUUCCACAACAGGUCACUGGGGAUCUGCAGCAGCAUCGCAUUGCCAACAUGUACCCAUUUACAAGACCACGUUUCUUUCCAGAGACCGUGCGAGCCCUGCGGAUAAAGCAUGACAAGAAGAAAGAGCGGUUUCUUGCAACUUGCCACAGGAAAUUUGAUGACAAUUUUCUGACCCGUGAGGAUAUUCUCUUCCGGGGCCUUAACCGUACGGCUGUUGCAGCAUCCUUGGCGCUAUUAGUUCCAACAAUUUGUAAUAACGCAUACGAUAAUGAAUUUGGUCCUGGGAUCUAUACUACACCAAUUCUUGAGGCUGCUAAGAGCUAUGCCGGGGUCGAUGGUGCCAUUAUGGUGUUUGAAAGAAAUCUGAAAGACUUAAAUGUCUGGAAACCUUCACAAGACGAGUGGAAACGCCUGACCGCCACAUGGCUACAGUUACCACUCAAGGAUAUAGCGAUCCCAGAAAAUUUCCGAGAUGCUGAUGUUAUAAUCGGUCCCAUGUCCACUGGUGCACGCGAUGCAAAGAAGCAGGCGCGAUUCCCUAUGCAGCAGUUAGAAGACACCCAGGUAGUCUUCACAAGCUAUCGCUCAUGUGAAAGGCUAUGCAGUCUCCUUCGUGCUAUUAUUUUCAUCGAAAAUUGA